AUGGAGUUCUACGCCGACGACCUGGUUCCAUGGCUAGAAAACCAGACCUCGAACCUUGCCACCGGAUCCGCCAGCGCGUCAGUAACCAUGGCCAUGGACGCGUUGGUGCCAAGCUCCAACACCCAUCUGCAAACGCUGCGGUCAGCUGCUAAUGGCUCUGCGGUCAGCGCUUUAAGUUGUAGGUCAAAUAAGGAAAAAGAAGUUGCAGAAGGUGUGGUGGAUGGCUGGGCUGUCGCAAAACGAGAGGAGCAUUCUCUCUUUUCCGACGACCCUUUGUAG